UUUUCUUCAGAUAUCUACAAUACGUAUCCCCCCCUCUCUCCCUCUCUGUCUCUUACUCUCUCUCUCUCUCUCUCUCUCUAAAGAUAUGGAUAAGAAACCAUGCAAAUCUAUAGAUGUUGAAGUGAGGAAAGGACCAUGGACUAUGGAAGAGGAUCUUAUUCUCAUGAACUACAUUGCUAAUCAUGGAGAAGGCGUUUGGAAUUCUCUAGCUCGAUCUGCAGGGCUGAAGCGCACCGGCAAAAGCUGUCGUCUCCGGUGGCUUAAUUAUCUCCGGCCGGAUGUUCGACGGGGAAACAUUACGCCGGAGGAGCAGCUUCUGAUUAUGGAGCUGCAUGCUAAGUGGGGAAACAGGUGGUCAAAAAUCGCAAAACAUCUGCCUGGAAGAACAGAUAACGAGAUAAAGAAUUAUUGGAGGACUCGAAUUCAGAAGCACAUCAAACAAGCAGAGAACUGUACAGGUCAAACCGCAGAAAACUCCAACGAUCAAGCUAGCACUAGCCAAGUCUCCAGUUCCUGCCCUGCGGAUCAUACAGUCGAAUCCUACUCUCCACCUUCCUUCACCGGCAAUAAUAUGGAGCCCUUUCAUGGCCCUUUUCCGACCGAAUCAAAUGAAAACCUUUGGAGUAUGGAGGAUCUUUGGUCCCUACAGUUACUCAACGGGGACUGAGUUCAUCCCCGUUGACUAACUGCCCUGCAACGGGGCCCGCUAUCACCUCCGUAUAUAAACUAGUUAAAUUUCCUCCCUAGUACUACUGCCUUCAAUUUUAUAUAGUUUUUCAGUUAAGGGUCCACGUGUAAUAUGGAGUUACAUGUAUUUAUAUAAUAUAAUAUAAUAUAAUAUAAUAUAUAAAGGACGAGGAACGGUUACAUAUGUUGUACAUUAAAGUAUGAUGGGAUUUGGUGAGUAAAGGGUUUUUCCUUUUCAA